AUGGACACCGGCGAGGUGAUGGAUGGCAGGGAGGAGGGACACAGGCAGACAAACGCUCCCAAUUCAGAAGCCCCCGUUUUCUGGGCAAAGGUGGUGCAGUGCAGGGGUUCUGGGAAUCCCCAUCUGGCAAAACUGGUGCUUCGGCGCUUAUCGCAAGCCAGCACAUCGUACAGAUAUCGCCAUGUCGCCCCUCACCCCAGCAAGAGCAGCAUCCUUCGCCUAGUGCAGCAGGCUGCUGCCAAAUUCACUCUUAGAGCCCUGCAGCUUUUCCAGCCCAAAUGUCUGUCAAGUGCCGAAUGUGGCACGGGUGAGGUGGAGCUCCAUGCGUGGCUGGAGGGGAUCCCUCAACUGCAGAGAACGGUUCCCAGGACCACCCUCCAGCUCCACUGGGACAAAGUUACUAUUGAACUGAAGAUAAGCCCCGAGGAGAUUUAUCCCGAUGGCUUCCAAGGAGAUGGUUGUAUCAAAGCUGUGGGCCAGGCAGAUGUUAUUCGCAAUCAGUUUUCAGGAGCAACGUUUGAAAGGAUAAUCGACUGCUCUGGGAAGUGUGUGUUACCAGGCCUGGUAGAUGCACAUACACACCCAGUGUGGGCUGGCGAUAGGGUUCAUGAGUUUGCAAUGAAGCUGGCAGGUGCAUCCUAUAUGGAGAUCCACCAGGCUGGGGGAGGAAUACAUUUUACCGUGGAACACACUCGGAAGGCCACAGAAGAAGAGCUGUUCGAUACUUUCAAACACCGACUAGAACGCAUGCGCAGAGCAGGAUCUACGUUGGUUGAGUGCAAGAGUGGAUAUGGCUUAAACUUAGAAACAGAGCUCAAAAUGCUCAGGGUGAUCGAACGCGCUAAGCAAUCCAUGGAUAUUGGCAUUUCUUCAACGUACUGUGGAGCUCAUUCUGUGCCGAAAGGGAAGACAGCUACUGAAGCCGCAGAUGACAUUAUCAAUAACCACCUCCCUAAACUGAAAGAACUCAAACUAAGUGGUGAAAUACAUGUUAACAAUAUAGAUGUGUUCUGUGAGAAGGGGGUCUUUGAUCUGGAUUCUACUAGGAGAAUUCUUCAAGCUGGAAAAGAUAUAGGGUUACAGAUUAACUUCCAUGGUGAUGAACUCCAUCCGAUGAAAUCUGCUGAGCUUGGCGCUGAACUGGGAGCCCGGGCUAUCAGUCACCUGGAAGAAGUUAGUGAUGAAGGUAUCACGGCAAUGGCAAGAGCUAAGUGCGCCGCUGUCCUUUUACCAACAACUGCCUACAUGCUAAGACUGAAGCAACCUCAAGCUAGAAAAAUGUUAGAAGAAGGAGUUAUAGUUGCUCUUGGCAGUGACUUUAAUCCUAAUGCAUACUGUUUUUCAAUGCCUAUGGUGAUGCAUCUGGCCUGUGUAAACAUGAAGAUGUCAAUGAAUGAAGCACUUGCAGCUGCCACCAUUAAUGCAGCUUAUGCGCUGGGAAAAUCGGACACGCAUGGCUCCAUAGAGACUGGCAAGCAGGGGGAUCUUGUUAUCAUAAAUUCAUCAAGGUGGGAGCACUUGAUUUACCAGUUUGGGGGACAUGAAGCCUUGAUCGACUAUGUUAUAGUUAAAGGAAAAGUCGUCUAUCAAAAUGAGAGGUGUGGGACAAUGAGCAGUUACUGA